AUGUCUGUCGUCACUAAGAACCCGUUUGACCUCCUCGGCGAGGAUGGAGAGGCUCCCGUUGUGAAGGGAGGUGCUGCUCAGAGCGCCCGUGGUGCUAAGACCGAUGCUGCUGCUAGGGGAGGAAACACCCAGCAGCGACGUGGCUACUCUGGCAGCGAGGCCGCUUUCCGCGACCGAGGUGCUGGUGUCGACCGCAACCGAACCAGGACCACUGAUGAUGGUGCCCGAGGCUCUUCCCGCGGCGGUGGCUACGGUGCUCGUGUUCGUGGUGGACGCGGCUCUCGCCACCCCCGCGAGCGUGAUGACCGCCACAGCAAGAACAUUGCUCCUGGCUCCGAGAAGCAGGCUGCCCAGUCCUGGGGUGCCGCCGAAGGCGAGGCCGAGUUGAAGGAUGAGGUCGCCGGCGAGGAGAUUGCCAAGAAGGAGGCCCGGGAAGGUGAUGCCGAGGCCAAGGAGGUCGAGGCUGAGCCCGAGGACAAGCACAUCUCGUACGAGGACUACCUUGCCCAGCUCGCCCAGAAGAAGCUCGCUCUUGAGGGUCCCGCUCAGGUCCGCCAGGCCAACGAGGGUAGCAAGCUCGACAAGAAGUGGGCUAGCGCUAAGCCUCUCGUCAAGGAGGAGGAUGAUGAUUUCAUCUCCGCCGCCAGCGGUGGCAAGGCCAAGCGCGAGCGUGAGCGAAAGGUCAAGCAGGUCGUCGACAUUGACCAGCGCUACGUCGAGCCCGAGCGCACUCGUGGCGGCCGUGGUGGUCCCCGCGGUGGUGCUCCCGCGGCGCUGGCCGUGGUGAGGGUGGUCGUGGCCGUGGCCGUGGCGAUGGCGCUCGCGGCCGCGGAGACGCUCCCCGUGGCGACCGUGGCGACCGUGGCGACCGAUGUCACCAUCAACACCAGCGACCAGUCGGCCUUCCCCUCGCUCGGCAAAUAA